AUGGCUGAGAUACCAAAUCCAAAUGUGGAUCCUGUUGCUAAUGAAGCUGUAAAACAAUUUAUGAUGCAUGGGCCAUGUGGAUCUGCAAAUCCGAAAUCACCAUGCAUGAUGAAUGAUCUUUUGGUGAAGUACCAAUCCCAUUUGAAUGUAGAAUGGUGUAAUAGAUCUCGAUCGAUCAAAUAUUUGCUUAAAUAUAUAAACAAGGGAUCAAAUAGAGCAACAGUUGUUGUAGAAGAGAAUUUGCCAAAUAUUGGGAGUGAUGGACAAGAGACCGAAAUUGUUGUUGAUGAGACAAAAGCAUUCUUGGAUUAUGAACAUCCCAUCAUUUAUCCGGAAAAUACAAGCUUGGAUAAUGUUUUAAAUAUACCUGGUAUUGAAGAAACAAAGUUUACAGAAUGGAUGAAAACAAAUGACGCUUUUGAAGAUGCUCGAGAGUUGACUUAUGCUGAAUUUCCUACAAAAUGGGUAUGGCAUAGUUCAAGAAACUUUAAAGAAUUAAGGACUAUAAACGAUGUUACUUAUCCAACUUAUAAGGACGCCUGUUAUGCACUUGGACUUCUUGAUGAUGACAAAGAAUGGCAUGAUUCCCUAAUUGAAGCUUCGAGUUGGGCCAGUGGGCAACAAUUGCGUCAACUAUUUGUUACAAUGCUAUUGUUUUGUGAGGUAGCUGAUCCAUUAAGUCUUUGGGAAUCCAACUGGAAACUGAUUACAGAAGAUAUACUAAAUAGGCAAAGGCGUAUCCUCCAAUUCCAAGAACUAAUUUUAUCAAAUGACCAAUUGAGAAAUUAUGGAUUGUAUGAAAUCGAACAAAUCCUCCAACAAUAUGGAAGAUCACUUAGAGAUUAUCCACAAAUGCCCCAGCCAAAUAUGGAUCUUAUUCAGAAUGGGAAUAGACUUAUUCAAGAAGAAAUGUUGUAUGAUGUAUCAAGUUUGAAAAGAGAACAUGAGAUCCUAAUUUUUGGCCUAAACAAUGAACAAAGAAUAAUUUACAAUUCUAUAAUGGAAGCUGUUGCUACUGAAAGAGGGGGAAUGUUUUUUAUCUAUGGACAUGGUGGAACGGGUAAAACGUAUCUUUAUAGAACCAUCCUGUAUGGUAUAAGAUCAAAAGGUAAAAUUACUCUUGCUGUUGCGUCUUCAGGAAUUGCUGCUUUGUUGCUUCCUGGAGGAAGGACUGCUCACUCAAGAUUUCAUAUCCCAAUUAAUGUAAAUGAUGACUCUACCUGUGACAUAAAGCAAAGAACACAAGUAGCGGAACUUCUCUCAAAAACAAGUAAUGGUGAAUUGGGAGAAGGAGAUGGGGACUACAACAUUUCAAUUCCAAGUGAUUUGAUUAUCCAACCUUCAGAGAAUCCAAUGCAGGAUAUUAUUGACAACACAUAUCCAGUUCAUGAAUAUCUAAGUUCAGAUUCUAUAUGCAAGGCUUCUUCAAAUGUUCCUGACCAAGAUCUCCUGUAUACUGUUGAAUUUUUGAACACGUUGAGAUUUCCAAGAUUGCCAAACCAUAAACUGACAUUAAAAAUAGGUUCGCCUAUAAUGUUGCUUAGAAACUUGAAUCAGAAUGAAUGUCUUUGUAAUGGAACAAGACUCAUUAUAACAAGAUUGGCUACAUGGGUGAUAGAAGCAGAAAUCAUAACUGGCACUAAUAUAGGCAAACGUGUGUUCAUUCCAAGAAUAACAUUAUCUCCAAGUGAUUCAGAAUGGCCAUUCGUUUUAAAGAGAUGA